AUAUUGUCAAUAUGUUACGACAAUCUCAAAGCAUAAAGAAAGGACAAGCGUGAAACCCACUCUGAUAAAAUCUCUUCCUUUAUCUCUCUGUUUUUGAGACUUGAGUUCUUCAGUCUCCAUUCAGAUUCAAAGAGAGAAACACAGAGAAAGGGAGAGAGUCAUAUAGAGAGAAAGAUUGAAAAAUGAAAAUGGGGUUUCGGUUUCUUUUUGUUUUCUGUUUUGUAGAAUGAACACAGAAAAUUACAAACCUCUUCUUUUCAGAAGAAGAUGGCUAUAGAAAAAAAACUAGAUUCUGAUUCUUCUUUCUUUGAUGCUCUUUACUGUGAGGAAGAAGAAAAAUGGAGUGAAGUUGAAGAAAAGGAGAGUGAAAUCAUUUUCAAUAAUCAUUUUAAUGGCAAUUUUUUUUCUGUUAUUUCGGUGCUGUUAACGGAACAAGAUCUAUUCUGGGAUGAUGAAGAACUUCAAUCUCUGUUCUGCAAAGAAAAGGAAACCUUUUCUGAAUCAAAUAAUAACGUUGAAUUCGAAUUUUCACUUUGUCUUGCUCGAAAACAGGCCGUGGAAUGGAUCUUGAAAGUGAAUGCUCAUUAUGGAUUUUCAGCACUAACUGCUAUUCUUGCAGUUAAUUAUCUUGACAGGUUUCUUUACAGGCUUCAUUUUCAGAAGGAUAAGCCAUGGAUGAUUCAACUUGCAGCUGUCACUUGUCUUUCUUUGGCUGCAAAGGUCGAAGAAACCCAUGUUCCUCUCCUCUUAGACCUUCAAGUGGAGAAUACAAAUUACGUGUUCGAGCCGAAAACAAUUCAAAGAAUGGAACUUUUGGUGCUUUCUGCACUCAAAUGGAGGAUGAAUCCAGUGACUCCUCUUUCAUUUCUUGAUCAUACAAUAAGAAGGCUUGGAUUAAAAUCCUAUAUUCACUUGGAGUUCGUAAGGAAAUGUGAAAAUCUCAUCUUCUCCAUUAUGCCUGAUUCAAGAUUCGCACGUUAUUUGCCUUCUGUUGUUGCUACUGCAACCAUGCUUCGCUUUAUACAUCAAGUUGAACCUUGCACUGCAGCCAUUGACUAUGAAAACCAGCUUCUUGGGAUUCUCAAGAUAAACAUGGAGCAAGUGAAAGAUUGCUCCGAGCUUAUUUCAGAGACAUCAAAAACUGGUCCGUUUCUUCAAAAGCGUGGAUUUUGUGAAGUUCCAAGCAGUCCAAAUGGAAUGGAUGCAUUAUCAUUCAGUUCCGAUAGCUCAAGUGAUUCGUGUGGAGUGGCAUCGUGCAUUUCUUCAUCGGCUUCUUCGUCGGCCCAUCAGCCACUGUUGAAGAAAAGAAGGGUUCAAGAACAGCAAAUGAAACUGCCAUCACUUAGCAGAGUUAUUGUCGAUGCUGUUGGGAGCCCUCGUUAAUUACUACCUGGAGAAGCUUAAUAUCAAUAUUUAUUUUAAUUAAUUUUGUAUUUAAUUGGCUUUCAUUUAUUAUUUCUGCCAUUAUGCGUAAGAAUAGAAGAAAAAAACAAGAGAGUUGGUAUUGGCAGAAAGAGCGGGCAAUUUACAGAGAGAGAGAGAGAGGCAAAUGCAAUGGAGAAUAUUCAUGGACAAAUCUGUAUUAUUAUAAACUGAAAUUGCAUUUA